GCACAAAUGGAAAUGGAAAACUUUAUUAAUGAAACGGUAGUGCGGGCGGAUGGCUCGUACGAGGAGGUUGACGCAGACGGAGGCAACAGCGCUCGCGCGCUGCUUGCCUUCGUUCUCUUCCUCCUCAUCAUCUCGACGCUCCUGGGGAACACGCUCGUGUGCGCUGCCGUGGUCAAAUUCAGGCACCUGCGUUCCAAAGUCACCAACUUCUUCGUCAUUUCUUUGGCAGUGUCUGACCUCUUCGUGGCGGUGCUCGUGAUGCCGUGGGAGGCGAUUUCUGCCGUGGCAGGUACGUGGCUCUUCGGGCGUUUUUGUGGCAUCUGGAUCGCCUUUGACAUCAUGUGCUCGACCGCGUCUAUUCUAAACCUGUGCAUUAUUAGCGUUGACCGCUACUGGGCCAUCGCGAGCCCGUUCCGUUAUGAGCGAAAGAUGACCCACCGGGUGGCCUUCAUGAUGAUCGGGGUCGCGUGGACGCUCUCCAUUCUCAUAUCCUUUAUCCCCGUGCAGCUGAACUGGCAUGAGGCGGAGGAGGAGAACACAGCCGCCAACAUCAGCAACUACACUGACAACUGCAAGGCCAACCUGAACCGCACGUAUGCCAUUUCCUCUUCUCUGAUAAGUUUCUAUAUCCCAGUUGUCAUCAUGAUCGCCACGUACACGAGGAUAUUUCGUAUUGCGCAAACCCAAAUACGGCGGAUAUCCUCACUGGAGAGAGCGGUGGAGCAAGCGCAGAACAACCACCACGCAAACGACUGCGCAAACGAGAACUCACUCAAAACGACUUUCAAGAAGGAAACCAAAGUUUUAAAGACCCUUUCUAUUAUCAUGGGGGUGUUUGUAUUUUGCUGGCUGCCUUUUUUCGUUUUGAACUGCAUGGUGCCCUUCUGCCAGUGCGUAAGUGACACCACGUUCACUAUUUUCGUUUGGUUUGGAUGGGCAAAUUCUUCUCUCAAUCCGGUAAUUUACGCAUUUAACGCAGACUUCAGAAAAGCCUUCUCCUCUAUUUUGGGAUGCAAUAGGAUAUUUCCAAGCACGACCGUAGAGCCUGUUAAUUUCAGUAAUGAGCUGGUGUCAUAUCACCACGACACAACACUGCAAAAAGAUACACAACCCUUAGCCGUCCAGAUGCCGCACGCUGUGUCCGACUCGCGCGAUGAUCCUAGUUUGCAGUUCGACAAAACUUCAGUUACCUCCAACACGUCUCGGAAUCACAAGCACAUACUGCUGCCAAAUAUGAGCCAGUUUGAGUACGACGGGGAGAUCUCACUGGACACCAUCACUCCGUUCACGUCCACUGGGCUUCUGGAGUGCGACGGAAUCCCUGGACAACUUAUCAAUGAGUAA